AUGCACCGACGCUUGAGAGGUGACGAUGUCCUCUUUACGCACCCAACUUCAACCUACAUGGGAUGUGCUUUUAGGAUUACCGUGAAGACAAACAAGCAUAAACAGUAUAAUCUCAGAGUGCUCUGUUUAUACUCAGGACCAAUAUUCAUGAUGCACCAUCCAAGCCUAGAAAAGCCUUGCAUAGAUGACAGAGAUUGUGAUCGGUUUUGGCCCGGUCAGUACCGCUGUAUGUUCUCUUACGGUCUUUGUUAUACCAAAUACUUUGAUUCCAUUUAUUGGAUAGUUGGUCAAUCUUGA